CUCCCAAGUGUUCGGCUGUCGGGAGCAGCCAGGCGGGUUAGUCAGUGCGUCGUCAGCCCUCGCGUCGUCGCGACGCUCUUCUACCUUUUCUUGUCUUUCUCGUUUUCGUCCUUCCAGUUCGUUCAACGACACCCAUGUCGACGUACGAAUCAACCGAUACUAUUCGCCGAAUCUGAAUACGUGUUCAUAUUCUUGACUCGUUGAAACUGUUUUCGUGAUCUCCUGUGCUGUUACUGUUGCUGUUUUUGUCACAUUGACAAUCAUAAACGGUACCGACAAGCUUUAAGGGUUACGAGCUAUUGUCGAGAAGCGUAUUAGUAUUUUCUCGAAAUUACAUUACUUUCGUUCCUAUUUGACUUGAUUCCUCAUGUAGUGAUUUUUCACGAUUUUUUUGAAAAAAGUAUUUAAAACCUUUUACGUGUGACAGUGUAUUUUCUAGUGCAAUUGAAGAGUUUAUCAAUGGUUUCUGUGAAUGGUGUCUUCGUAUAAAAGCAUACCUGAACUGCAAUUUAAUCAAUCGUGCCUUGACAUCAUGUGCCACUCGAACAUCCAGUUUUAUAGUGAAAAUCUCUGAUAGAAGAAUCAUUCAAUUUAACACUUAAUGCGUUUCAAUUAAUAUGCAUUGACCGAAUACGUACAAUAAUUAUUAAUCUAAUAAUAAAAUCGUCUGAGUGCAUGACAAUGACGGAAAUCAGUGCGAUCGUUUUAAAUUGUCGAGAAGCGAGCCCUGCGGGGUUAGCAGUACGGCAGAGAUGAAAUAUAUCGGUGAAACGCGUUCGUCGGCCCGGUCUCAUACGAGACGCGAACGUCUCGUCUGGGCUACGGGGUUAAACACGAUAUACAAUAAUAAAAGCAUCGAUCGAAAAAAGAAUGGAACACAAACAAACGAUUUUACUAGCACCUGCGUUGAGCAACAGCAGCUGUUGGCGUAGGGAUGCUCCCGAAGGAACUUGGACUGGCCCGGGCCCAGGAGAAUUACUACGCGCCGCUCUGAUCCUCGCGCUCAGUCUAGGUAUUCUGUGCGCGAACCUGUUAGUGAUAUGCGUCAUCAACAGUAGACGAUACAGCAAAUAUAUUCACGCACAGCCAAAGUACUUGCUGACGAGUUUGGCGAGUAAUGAUCUUGCUAUUGGUCUCCUGGUUACGCCGUUUGGUUUUCUACCAGCUGUCUAUGGAUGUUGGCCUUACGGGGAAGUCGUCUGUCAAAUACAGGCACUUCUUAGGGGAGCUUUAACUCAACAAAGUGCCGUUAUCCUCGUCUGUAUGGCAAUUGAUCGUUACGUUUGUAUGCUGCAUCCACAUCACUAUCACAAACAUACAUCCAAGAAGUAUUACAUGCGGCAGGGUUGCGUGGCAGUGAUGUCAACCACCUGGAUAGCGAGCGUGGCAAUUUUUGGCGCUCUCGUGCUUCCGAGGGGUGGUUACUACUUCAACGCUUCUGGACUUCUCGCCUGUGAUCCUUUCUUUGCCAGGGCUUCCCUUAGGAUUCUCGCAUGCUGCUGUUUUUACUUCCCUACGACGAUGGUGCUGAUGUACUGCUACGGUUCAGCCUUUCACGUUAACAAACUGCGCCUGAAAAGGGUGGUUUGCGUUAACACGCCGGAGGUCGUUAGCGGAGGCCACAUGGAGAGGCUCGUAGCUCACGAGAGACGGCUGUCAACUGCCGCCUCGCGAACAAUGGCUGCAAUGAGUUUAGGAUUCAUUGUUAUGGUCACACCAUGGACGAUUCAGGAAGUCGUUGUAGCUUGUACCGGAAGCAAACCGCCGCCAUUUCUCGACUUCCUCGCCACGUGGCUCGCGCUCUCCAACAGCUUCUGGAAUCCGUUCCUCUACUGGCUGCUCAACAAUCACUUUCGCCGUAUUUCGAGAGAGCUUCUCUAUACUAAGGUGCUUUGUAGACAAAAACCAUUAGGACCGAAACAACAUUGCUGUGCGACAAGCACGGGCGGUCUUGAUGUUUGUAUUAUGGGAGGAGUUGAUUUAUCAGGUUUAGAGCGUUGCUCAAUAGAUCGAUGUUCGAUGACCCGAUGUUCCUCUUCGUCAUUAGCUAAUACACCGCCACCUCUUCCUUGGGAAACUGGACUCGUACACAGCGAUAGUCUGCUAACGUGAGUUAGGGAUGCCGCCACGCAGACAGAAGACACAGGGUCUCCGACGCAUGCCAGUUAGUAUAGCGUGGCGGCAGAUUGGCAACCGGUGAGUCCCACUGUUGAAGCGGAACAAUCACUAGGACAUCAGUAUUUUCGAAACAAUUCGUCUUCGUUGUUAUUGAUGAACAAUUCAUCUGUCUACGGUGAAAGGAUACGUCAUGAGGAAACUGCAGAAAUUCAACGUGAUCGCCAAUUAUAUUCGGAAAAUACGCUUCAAAGUGUCCCAGAUUUAAUCCGAGAGCUUGAAUUUAAUUGACGAAUAAUCUCAAGUAUUUACGCCUUGAUGAAGGUAAGUAUAUGGUGUUACAAAUAAGAAUUAAGUUCGUCCAUGAACGUUAUGCGAUAUUCCUAUUAAUCGAAGAUUUAAGAUUUUUUAUUAUAGAUUAAUAAAUAUCUAAUCACAGGAGACAGAGUAUACUGUCGUAUCUAAGAUGCAGUUUUUAAUAAUUUCAAUUAGAAUGAAAUACAUAAUUACGUAGUAUUAUACAAAGAGUAAACAAAUUUAUGCGAGCUUUUUUAAUUUCAACACUUUUCUAUGAUUUAUUUAUAUAGAAAGGUAACAUUUCUUUUGUGUUAGUAAUAAUUUAAAUCUUCGUUUCUUAUCUGUAAUAACCGCACAAUUUAUGGAUAUAAAGACUCCUAAUAAGUUAAAAUAGUAUACCACAUUUUGCUCAUCUGUUACAAUGGUUCGUCUAUAUAAGUAUACACAUUAUUAUUGUACAUAUAACAUAAUCGAAUAAUGGCUUUAAAGAAUCCCAUUAAAUUCGGAAACUAUUUAAGUCAAGAUUGAAUUACAGUCAUUUUUCAUUGAUUUCUAAAUUAUAGAAGUGUAAUUUUCCCUCCGAUUUACUGCUAUUAAAGUUAUUAUUAUCAUUGUUAUAACUAUGUGCCAGUAGGUAAAUAAUAAUAAUCUAACUAUUCGUGAAUAGAAUCUCAACGCAUAAAAGUAGCGAUGAGCGAGAAAAAUAUCCAAUUGAAUCAAAAGGAGAAAAAUGUACGAAAAUUAGCAAAGUCGUAAAUAUUCAAUAAUUAUACUAUUUAUAAAAAUAUAUAAUAUUCAGGGACGGUUACAUAAAACUGACAAGUCGAUCUGUCUGGAGCUGUCAUAUUUUAUUGUACGAAACAAAAAAUUCUUAAACCACGAAUAGAGCCACAUGACGCAAAAUAGGAACUGAAAAUAUUGUGGAUAAAACUAUCAAAAAUUAUAAAUUACUUAAUUUAGAAGAAUAUGUACUGUAAAUAGCCAGAAGAGAAGGUUGAUGUAAAUUAUAUUCAUUCCGAUUAGUAAUUUUCUAUACAAAGUUUAAUAUAUUUUGUUGUGCCCUCCGACACGGAAUAUUGUGCGAUGCUAGGACCUCAUUGGAGAACUUCAAAAAAUAGACUGUAGGUGUCAGUGCAGGACUUUUAUUCUCAUUUUUAAUCCUCGAAGCCAAGUCGAGGGGUAUUAUAACGUUUGACGCCGAGACUUGUGACUGUGGUUCCGUAGCUCAUCAACUAAUGAUCCGAUUUUGAUCACAGACAUAUGAGAAUAGACCUAGCACUCCAAAUGAGAGACUUGAGACCAGGCGAUUGAGAGACAAAAAAACUAAUGAGAGAUGCUUUCUCUAUUUUUACGGUGUCAACAAAAAUGCAAUGGACUCUCGGUUUAUUCUCUUAUCUAUGAUUUUGAGGCGAUUUUUUUGUUGUUUUGAAGCGUAUAUUUUCAAGAAGGUUUAUAGCCACAUUUCGUUAUAAUCAAUUCAUUGUGUCAGAGUGUUUUUAAAUAAUCCGAACUUAAUUAAUUAUGGUGUUUACAGUUCGAAGAUUCGAAUCACAUUAUUCGUUUCUACGUGGAAUUUGAUCCUUUUCCCUAAGUAUUCCGUUAUUCUUUCAUCGUGGCCCUAAUGCUCGCAAAACUCGCUGUUUAGCUCUACUAGUUAGCUCUAUUUGAAAUUUACAAUUUUAGUAUAUAUGGUUUCAUAGUCUCAAAAAUCGUAUUGCUUUCGUCGUUCUAUAGCAGUCAUAGGAAGCGAGAAUGGUAUCACGUUCUUAAUUGUAGAAAUCAUUUUUUAUCUAAGACACCAGGGUACAACAAUUUUAAUUAUAUACGUAUGUUGUAUUUUU